CGUGAUUGUGUGUCGGAGGAGAAUCCAUAGGCCGAAUGCUCUAGAUGGACGAAGCAUCCGACAAAGAUGGAACCAAAAUGAGUCAGAGAAAAAUGACGGGCUUACGAAGCAAUGAGGCUGCUAAUGAAUGAGGCGACCCCCGAAACUCUGAGAGAACUGCGUCAUAACGAUCCUGGCGGCGCCGUGCGCAGCGUGGAUCAUCGUGACGGCGAAGCGUUCAACAUCAUACGGACGAAGAUCCGAGAAGCUCACCAAUCGUCGACUUGGUCGAAUAACUGCUAUCAAUCCGCACGAGAGCCUUCCGGCACUUUCUCCGCUCUAUAUAAGGGCUCUUACAAAGUACAACUUGAAACCUUUUACUUCUUGCCUCCGCCCUUCAAGGCUGCCCCGCCCGCCCUUCCCAUGCAGAAGCUUACUACAGAAUCCAAACCUUUGAAGCGCGGUAAAGCUUGUCUCACUUGCAGGUUUUUAAAGAUCAAAUGUGACGGCACAAAGCCGGUCUGUGGCCCCUGCCUCCGACAUCCGAAGGACGACCCUUGCGAGUACGCUGACAGUCCUCGACGAUCCAGGACAAAGGUCCUAGAAGAUCAGGUGGCGCGACUCGAGGCUAGGCUGAAAGAUUUGGAGCAGCCGGACCAGUCUCCAUCUGUCACCCUCCACGACCCGUACUCCAAUGAUCCCUACCAGAACGUGCAGGUCCAAAGCCUCGCCGGUUACGCCCCAUCUACCUCCGACACCUUUGCCCAAAGUCCUUCCUCUCCAUAUUCGGCGUCGACUUCUUUGUCAAUAACAUCUACGCCGCCCCCAGGUUCGGCUUCACCAAUUUCAUCUCGGACGGACGCGCCACCCUUCAACGUUCAAGAACCAUCAACGCCAGUCAUACGGGACCUUCUUGAUCUCUUCUUUUCUUAUUCCGCCUACCUAGGCUUCUUCCUCGACGUCACACGAUUUUACAAUUCGGCCGUUUUGCCUCUGCCGCUCGGUCACCAGUCACGGCCCAGUUCAUCAGUCCUCUCCGCUGUUUACCUUUGGGGAUCUCAUUUGUCUUCCCAACGAGACCAGAAAGGAAAGGAACAGUCCGUAUGGGCCCAUCAACACCAGUACCUUGCCAGCGCUCUCAAGCACGUAUCAACAGGUCUUACAAACACCCACCCGGACAGAUUCCUACACACGAUUCAAGCAGAAGUCCUUCUCGCAUACUACUUCUUACGAAUAGGCAACUUCCUCGAGGCGCGACGUCAUACCGGAGAUGCAGUGUCUCUCGCAGUUGGCUGUGGGUUACACAGACUACGCUCUGAGGCAGCUUGGCGGCCUCCGGCCAUUUCUGUUGCUUCGUUCAUACGUAAUGGAGUAACGACAAGCACCACCACGACGCUUCCUCCUCCGCGCGACAGCAUCGAGGAGGGUGAACGGAUCGACGCGUUUUGGAAUGUCUUGAUUUUGGCCAAGACUUUGGCGAUAGCGCUCGACUGUCCCACGGACGUCUGUGGGACCCUCGAAGCCCCUGGGUUUCAAAUCGAUACUCCGUGGCCUCUAGACCAAAAGAGCUACCAAGCGGGCAUAUUACCGCAUCCCACGACGUGCACCGUGCACACCUUCUUGCACCCAACGCCUAAUACCGAUACGCCGGGCUCCCUUCUAACGCUCACCGCUCAAGCAUCCAUUUUGCUACAACAAGUGACAUACUUUGCGGGCCAGUCUAAUUUGGGUGAGAGUCACGAGUAA